AUGGACUCGCCACCAGAUCUCUCGCCAAAUGCACCACCAACCGGUUUCGACGACACCAACAACUAUUUUGCUAAUUUACAGGCGCCACCAGCUCCACCAUCGAGCGCAUCCACUGGUCAGGCGUCUACGGAGGGUUCAGUGGAUUCCAGCGGCUUCGAGAAGGUGGAUCAUGACGUGCUUGAGGAAUACGGUCAACAGUUUGUGAACCAAAUGCAGCAAGCGUUGUUUGGUAAGCUACCUGAAGAGGAGGGCACUGCCGUGAGUCCAUUUCACUGUUCUCUGUUACCA